CCUGCAAAAAUGUCUCUAUACCCAUCUCUUGAGGACCUGAAAGUAGACAAAGUAAUUCAGGCUCAGAGUACCUUUUCUGCAAACCCUGCCAACCCAGAAAUUUUGUCUGAAGUGUCUGCUCCCAUCUCUCAAGAUGGAAAUCUCUAUCCUAAAUUGUAUCUGGAGCUUUUUCAGUACAUGGACCUAAGUUUGAAUGAAGAAGAAAUACAUGCAAAUAUGGGCAUGGUCCCUGGAGUACCAACUCAGGGGCAGUUGGUAGCAAGACCUUCUAGUAUGAACUAUAUGGUGGCUCCUGUAACUGGUAAUGAUGUUGGAAUUCAUAGAGCAGAAAUUAAGCAAGGGAUUCGCGAAGUCAUUUUGUGUAAGGAUCAAGAUGGAAAAAUUGGGCUGAGGCUUAAAUCAGUAGAUAAUGGUAUAUUUGUUCAGCUAGUUCAGGUUUCUCCAGCCUCAUUGGUUGGUCUGAGAUUUGGGGACCAAGUACUCCAGAUCAACGGGGAAAACUGUGCAGGCUGGAGCUCUGAUAAAGCGUACAAGGUGCUCAAACAGGCUUUUGGAGAGAUCACUAUGACUAUUCAUGACAGACCCUUUGAACGCACAAUUACUAUGCAUAAGGAUAGUACGGGACACGUUGGUUUUAUAUUUAAAAAUGGAAAAAUAACAUCCAUAGUAAAAGACAGUUCUGCAGCCAGAAAUGGUCUUCUCACAGAACAUAACAUCUGUGAAAUUAAUGGACAGAGUAUCAUUGGAUUGAAGGAUUCUCAAAUUGCAGACAUAUUGUCAACCUCUGGGACUGUAGUAACUAUUAUAAUUAUGUCUGCUUUUAUCUUUGAACGUAUUAUUAAACGGAUGGCACCAAGCAUUAUGAAAAGUCUGAUGGUCCACACCAUUCCUGAGAUUUAG